AUGGACAACCAUUUCAAGAAUCAAGUGCUUCUCUUCCUCUACCUCCUCUCCUUCCUCAUUGGCCUCCCUGCCAACCUCAUGGCCAUGAGGGCCUUUGUGGGCCGGGUGCGCCAGCCUGAGCCAGCACCUAUCCACGUCCUCUUGCUCAGCCUCACGCUGGCCGACCUGCUGCUGCUCCUGCUGAUUCCUUUCAAGAUGCUGGAGGCCGCCAACGACUUCCACUGGUACCUGCCCAAGAUCGUGUGUGCACUCACGGCCUAUGGCUUCUACAGUGGCAUCUACUGCAGCACCUGGCUACUGGCUGGCAUCAGCAUUGAGCGCUACCGCAGCGUGGCCCACCCGGUGCAAUACAAGCUGUCCCGGAAGCCCGUGUAUGGAGUCAUUGCUGCAUUGGUGGCCUGGGCCAUGUCCUUUGGCCACUGCAGCAUUGUGAUCAUCGUCCUUUACUUACCAGAUGGAAAUGCGACAAAUGCAAAUCCUUCUGUUUGCUACGACAACUUCACCCAGGAGCAGCUGGCUGUCCUGGUACCUGUGCGACUGGAGCUGUGUUUGGUGCUCUUCUUCAUCCCCAUGGCCGUCACCAUCUUCUGCUAUUGGCGCCUUGUGACCAUCGUGCUCUCCCGACCCCAAAUGGGAGUCCAGAAACGCUGGAGAGUGGUGGCCCUGGCUGCUGUCACCCUCUUCAACUUCUUGGUCUGUUUUGGGCCAUACAAUGUGUCCCAUGUUGUGGGGUUCUCCCAGCAGGACAGCCAGAAGUGGAGGACCUGUGUAGUGUUGCUGGGUGCGCUCAAUGCUUGCAUCGACCCCUUGAUUUUCUAUUUCUCCUCCUCGGCUAUGCGCAAAGCCUUUCACGCAAGGAUGCAACUACUGCAGAGGUGGGGGACCAGAUUGCUCGGGUGCUGGAAGAGACGAGUUGGAGAGUGA